GAAGCUGAAGCGGCCAAUGGGAUCUCGAUGGGGGCAGGCCUGACGGAACCGGGGCCUUGGGGCGGCCGUGGCCGGUUCCACCCUCCGGGAGAGGAAAGACGGGCUCCAAGAUGGAGGAGGCCACUGUGGCAGCACCGUGACAGGUCGCCUUUGGAUGUGGGGGGGACAAGAUGAGACGAGGCCCGACUGCCACCCCAGUGGAACCCUCCAGGGGCCUAACCCCGCCUGAGGAUUCUGAUGCCAUCCCUCCCACCAGCAGUCGGGUUGGGGGCACUGUGAAGGUCUAUCUGCCCAACCAGCAGCGCACAGUGGUAACUGCGCGGGAUGGCAUGACCGUCUCCGACUCGUUGGACAAGGCACUGAAGGUGCGGGGACUGAACCAAGACUGCUGCGCUGUCUACCGCCUCGUGCAGGGACGGAAGACCGCAACAGCCUGGGACGCAGCCAUUGCUCCCUUGCACGGGGAAGAACUGACGGUCGAGGUCCGGGCUGAUGUUCCGCUCGCGGCUGCCCAUAACUUUGCCCGGAAGACAUUCCUGGCUCUCACCUUCUGUGACUUCUGCCGCCGCUUCCUCUUCCAUGGUUUCCGUUGCCAGACAUGUGGUUACAAGUUCCACCAACACUGCAGUGCCCGCGUCCCCACUGUCUGCGUUGACAUGGCCACCGCCCGCCAACCUUUCUACCGCAGUGUCCAGGACUUGACUGGAGGCCCUGGUGCUCAUGAGCCCCAGCCUGGCAGGCAGACCCUAUGUGAGCCCCUCGCCCCAAAGAGCCCCAGGACACAAACACAGGCCUCCCAUGGGGAGACUUUUGCUUUCCCUGGGCCUGGAGGCCCACCCCUUCAGAGGAUCCGCUCUACAUCCACACCCAAUGUGCACAUGAUCAGCACGACAUUGCCUGUGGACAGCAGGCUCAUACAGCAGGCAGCCCAGGCCGUUGCUGCUGAAGGAACAGUGGGGGAGAAGACCCCCCAAGGCAGUCCUGGCCCCAGCCUCGUGUCCUCCCCUGGAAGGAAAUCCCCACACCCCAAGUUCUCAUCAGAGCCCCCUGAGCGCAAGCCCCUUAGCUUCGCUGAUGAUAAGAAGAAAGUGAAGUCUCUGGGCUACCGAGACUCAGGCUACUAUUGGGAGGUAGCCCCAGGGGAGGUGCAACUGCUGAAGAGGAUCGGGACAGGCUCAUUUGGGACUGUGUUCCGUGGGCGAUGGCAUGGGGAUGUGGCUGUGAAGGUGUUAAAGGUGGCGCAGCCCACAGCUGAGCAGGCCCAGGCCUUCAAGAAUGAGAUGCAGGUCCUCAGGAAGACUCGCCAUGUGAAUAUCCUCUUGUUCAUGGGAUUCAUGACAAGGCCCGCCUUUGCCAUCAUCACCCAGUGGUGUGAGGGUUCCAGCCUCUACCACCACUUGCACGUGGCUGAGACUCACUUUGAUAUGGUACAACUCAUCGAUGUGGCCCGGCAGACAGCUCAGGGCAUGGAUUAUCUCCAUGCCAAGAACAUCAUUCACCGAGAUCUCAAAUCCAACAAUAUCUUUCUGCACGAGGGGCUGACAGUGAAGAUUGGAGACUUUGGGCUGGCCACAGUGAAGACCCGAUGGAGCGGUGCCCAGCAAGUAGAGCAGCCCACUGGCUCUGUGCUCUGGAUGGCCUCAGAGGUGAUCCGAAUGCAGGACAAGAAUCCCUACAGCUUCCAGUCGGAUGUCUAUGCCUACGGGGUGGUCUUGUAUGAGCUCAUGAGUGGCAGUCUUCCCUAUAGCCACAUCAACAACAGAGAUCAGAUCAUCUUCAUGGUAGGACGAGGUUAUCUGUCGCCAGACCUCACCAAGGUCUCCAACAACUGUCCUAAAGCCAUGAAGAGACUGCUGGCAGACUGUCUCCGUUUCCAGCGGGAGGAACGGCCCUUGUUCCCCGAGAUCCUGGUCACCAUUGAGCUGCUGCAGCGAGUGCUGCCUAAGAUUGAGCGCAGCGCGUCAGAGCCCUCGCUGCACCGGGCCCAGACCGAGGAACUGCCUUCCUCCUUGCUGGGAGCCCUGCGCCUCUUCGGGCCCUAGUGGCUCCGGCCAGCCCUGGGGCAGUGAGCCAGGGGCCCCACGUUGCGUUUCCCAAUGACUCCAGUUUCCCCAGAAGCAGGCGGCCUGGGGUGGGGGAUGACGGGUUCAAAGGCCAGAGGGGAGGAAGGGCGCCCACCCCCACCCCCCACUCCUGCGCCUGCUUUCUCUCUCCUCCCA